AUGCCCGUCGGUGCCUUCCCCGCGCUCCUCUCGAAUCCAGCGCCCGCCCCACCUCCCGCCUCCCCCGAGCCCCCCUCUCCCCUCCGGCCCCCUCCCCUGUCCUGCCCCCCGCAGCCGGCCCGGCCAAGAACACCUGCCUCACUGCCUGCCUCCUCCACGCCGCCCUCUGCCCGGGCGGCUGGCACCUCCCUGCCCUCCGGGCCCCUUCGCGGAGGUCCCCGCCAGCGCCCCCAGGGAGAACGCCUGGCGCGCCGGCCUCACACUCACCCGCCACCGCCGCCGCCGCGUCUCGCCAGCGCGCGGAACCCGGCGCGCGUGGGUCCGGGGGGCGCGGAGACCCAAACGUACAGCUGCGAGGUGCGGCUCUUCCUAUGGCGCCUGCGCAAUGGCGGGCGCUCGGGCGCGGCGAAGAGCCCCCACCGCCCGAAGAUCCGCGCUGCGCGGGCGCUCCUGGGGGUGCGCAGCUGCCCGGCGCGCCACCGCUGCUCAGGCUGCCAGCCGGCGGGGCCCCAGCGCGCGCCGGCGUCUGAGACGUGUCCUCGGAUUGGCUGGCGGAGCCGCAUUAAAUGUAACUCCCUCUCCGAUUGGUUCGAUUCGGGUACCACCUGGAGACAGCCGCCCUGGUGCGUGACUGCUUACAGAAUAGAUGAAACUGAUGCCUUAGGGGUCAGACGUGUGGUGGAGACGCAGCUGGAUGGACAUCAGAAGAGAAGGGGUCCCUUCGUCCAUUGCCGCUGCCAGUGCCCGCAAGGCUGGCUCAGACCAGGGAGUCCUGUGCAGUCUGCUCUCCUCCUCCGAAUGGGUCAGAAGUUAGAAGUUACAGGAAAAACGUUUCAGAGCCAAAGCCACACCCUGCCCAGAAAAAAACAAUUCCUGUCCACUGCUCAGCUCAGCAGCAAAAACGAAACUAGUGACUCGAAUUUCAAAUCACUACAAGGGAUAGAUACAUUGGAAAAACUGCAACUGAGGACGAAGAGGUUAAAAAAAUCUUCCCUGGGCAAGAAGAAGAGAACAAAACCUUUGAGAUAAGCUUUCCUAACGCAGCUGUGCAUAUCCAGCAUGAUCAACGGUUGUUCAAAAGUAACCAGGUCUUUCUGUCCCUCCCUCGUAUGUGAGUGAGCAUCUUUCCCAGGAAGUCAAGGUCCAGACAUGGAGAUUCAGCCUCGCAAGGCCAAAUGCAAGUUGAAGAUGAAAACAAACCAGAAAAGUCCAGAUGGUCAGGGAAAAGAAAAUUCAGUCUUCAAGGCCAAACGCAGGCUGCUGGGGAGGCACCAACCAGCACAGCCACUUGGUUCCCAUUCCCACCUAAAACUCCAGCAUGUGCUCCCCCUCUCCCACCUAAAACUCUAGAUAAAAACCUCUACCUCUUUCCCUUCAAGGAGGUGGAUCUGAGUUCUAACUCCCAUCUCCUCAUCUGGCUGCCUUUUGAUAACAGUAAAACUCUUUCCUUGCCACAAGCCUGGUGUUUCAGUUUUUUUCUUUAUUGGCCCUACUAUGUGGCUGGUAAAUGAAGCUGUGUUUGUGUUCAGUUACAAAACCAAUAGGAAAAUUAUAGCUCUACAGUUUUUCGCUCUUUCAAUGCAACCAAAUCCUUACAUUCUCCUUUCCAGAAAGUCCUGAUGUGAGGGACGCUGCCUUCCCUGAGGCUCACUCGUUUUCACAUCCUCGGGGCUGUCCCCCACAGUUGAAAGGAUUAGUUCACAGUGUCCCUAGAAACUCCAUCUGGUCAUUUUUCUGCCCCUCCUACUUGUGGCAGGUCAAACGUCCUGAAGGCCAAGAAGGGUUUUGACCUUUGGGCAAGACUCCUUCUCUGGGUGGGGUGGGGGUGGCAUCUGCACAGAGUCCAGUG